CCGAAGAGGAGGGACGGCGGGCGGGCGGGCGGGCGGGCAGGCGGAGCAGGCCGCGCGCGCAAUCGAGGCCCCGGCCGAGGGACAAAGAGGGCCUCCCUUCCUUCGGACUGCAGCGGUCUCGCCGUAGGUAAAGCGCCGCGGAAGGAGCGAGGCCUGCGGGGAAGCAAGCCAGCAAGGCCUGGCUUCCUGGGAGAAGAAGCACAACAAUAAUACUACGGCCCAGAGAAGUGCGGACCAGAGCCAUGCGCUGUCACUGUGGAUGGCCUCACUAACACCGUGAGGGGCUUAAUUUUCUGGCCUCUGAGACCCCGAAGCGGAGGAGCAGAGAUAGCGGUGCCCCACUCCUGUUCCCCCAUUUGGGGGACAGGGAGGAAAGAGGAACACAACACUGAGGGGCAAUGGAUCCUCUGACCCGCCCCGGGGGCGAUAUCAUGCGUCGGAACCCGCAGCAGGAUUAUGAGCUGGUUCAGCGGGUGGGAAGCGGCACCUAUGGCGAUGUCUACAAGGCCAGAAACGUACACUCCGGAGAAAUGGCUGCAGUGAAAAUUAUCAAGUUAGAACCUGGAGACGACUUUUCAUUGAUCCAGCAAGAAAUCUACAUGGUCAAGGAAUGCAAACAUUGCAACAUCGUCGCUUACUUUGGAAGCUAUCUCAGCCGCGAGAAGCUCUGGAUCUGUAUGGAAUACUGUGGAGGCGGAUCCCUUCAGGACAUUUAUCACGUGACGGGGCCCCUGUCAGAGUUGCAAAUUGCGUAUGUUUGCAGAGAAACAUUGCAGGGACUUGCGUAUUUGCACAUGAAAGGGAAAAUGCAUCGGGACAUUAAGGGUGCAAACAUUUUGCUGACGGAUCACGGGGACAUCAAGUUAGCUGACUUCGGCGUAGCGGCAAAAAUAACCGCCACCAUUGCGAAGAGGAAGUCGUUCAUUGGCACGCCUUACUGGAUGGCCCCAGAAGUAGCUGCAGUCGAAAAGAACGGGGGCUACAACCAGCUCUGCGACAUCUGGGCUGUGGGCAUCACGGCCAUUGAGCUGGGAGAGCUCCAGCCACCCAUGUUUGAGCUUCACCCCAUGAGGGCCCUCUUUCUCAUGUCCAAAAGCAACUUUCAACCUCCAAAGCUAAAGGAAAAAACAAAAUGGUCAUCGACAUUCCAUAAUUUUGUCAAAGUGGCACUUACAAAAAACCCAAAGAAGAGGCCGACAGCAGAAAGGCUUCUCACACAUAGCUUUGUGGGGCAGCCUGGUCUUUCUCGCUCUCUGGCCGUUGAACUGUUGGACAAAGUGAACAAUCCCGACAACCACCCCCACUACAGCGAGACAGACGAUGAUGACUUUGAGCCUCAUCCCAUUAUCCGCCACACCAUUCGCUCCACCAACCGAAAUGUUCGAGCAGAACGAACAGCGUCUGAAAUAAACUUUGACAAGUUGCAGUUUGAGCCGCCUCUCAGGAAAGAGACCGAAGCCCGGGACGAAAUGGUGGUUGCUGGUGGUGCUCACUUUGCCUCACACUGGAGUCCUUUUGUGGAUGGCAGCAGCUGUGCCAAGGGACCUCUAACCAAAUUUGGCGAUGCCCACGAAGAUGCAGAGGAAUCAACGCUGAAGCGGGCAGGACCUCCUCCUCUACCUCCAAAGCCCAGGCUCAGUAUUUAUCAAGAGGAAGGCCUUGUGGACGAUGAGAAGAUCCAGACGAUCAAGUAUUGCCCCGAUUCUCAGGGUCAGGUCCCGCCGGCACAUAGGAGGCAAAGCAUCCCGGUUUGUGGGCCUCAGACGGAGCCCACUCCCAUAGGCAUGACAACCAGCGUCAGUAGCCCAGGGCUGCUCACCGUCCGGUACAGCGACAUGGGCAACGGCGACAGCGGGCCCAAACACCUGGAGGAAAAUGCAGAUGGCCUGGGACACAUGCCCCAGUUGCCGCGCAAGAAGGAGAAGCGGGAAUUCCCGAAGCCAGCCAUCAACGGUUUGCCGCCGACGCCAAAAGUGCUGAUGGGAGCGUGCUUCUCCAAAGUGUUUGACGGCUGCCCUUUGAAGAUCAACUGUGCCACCUCGUGGAUCCAUCCCGACACAAAAGAUCAGUAUAUUAUAUUUGGGACCGAAGACGGCAUCUACACCCUGAACCUCAACGAGCUGCACGAAGCCACCAUGGAGCAGCUCUUUCCGCGCAGGUGCACCUGGCUCUACGUCAUCAACAACACCCUCAUGUCGCUCUCAGGGAAGACUUUCCAGCUUUACUCUCACAACCUCAUCGCUUUGUUUGAACAAGCCAAAAAGACUGGGCUCGCCGCCCACAUCCAGACCCAUCGCUUCCCAGAUAGGAUAUUACCAAGGAAAUUUGCCUUAACGACAAAGAUCCCGGAUACAAAAGGGUGCCAUAAAUGUUGUAUAGUAAGGAAUCCGUACACGGGCCAUAAAUACCUCUGUGGAGCUUUGCAGUUGGGGAUCGUUCUGCUUCAGUGGUAUGAACCCAUGCAGAAAUUCAUGUUAAUAAAGCACUUUGACUUCCCUUUGCCAACCCCGCUGCACGUCUUUGAAAUGCUGGUGAUCCCGGAGCAGGAGUACCCCAUGGUCUGCGUGGCCAUCAGCAAAGGCAUCGAGCCAAAUCAGGUGGUCCAGUUUGAGACCAUCAACUUGAACUCCGCUUCUUCCUGGUUUACAGAAAUUGGUGCAGGUUGCCAACAGCUUGAUGCCAUCCAUGUUACACAGCUGGAGAGAGACACAGUUUUGGUUUGCUUGGACAGAUUUGUGAAAAUUGUGAAUCUGCACGGGAAACUGAAGUCGAGCAAGAAGCUGGCCUCGGAGCUGAGUUUUGAUUUCUGCAUUGAAUCUGUAGUGUGCCUUCAAGACAGCGUCUUAGCCUUCUGGAAACACGGGAUGCAGGGCAAGAGCUUUAAGUCCAACGAAGUAACCCAGGAGAUCUCCGAUGAAACCAGGGUCUUCCGCUUAUUGGGCUCCGACAGGGUGGUGGUGCUGGAGAGCCGGCCGACCGACAACCCGACCGCGCACAGCAACCUCUACAUUUUGGCCGGCCACGAAAACAGUUACUAGGUAGGCAAUCGCUGGCCGACCUGAACUGUGAGCCCAGGAAGGGGAAUACACGUCGCCAUCGCUAUCCUCCUGGCACCGGAAAGAAGCGGCCUGCUAAGGAAACCCUCUCCCCGCCUGGCUCCGGAGCCCUUCCUCCCUCGUCCUCUCCGCAUCUCUCUUUGCCUGACUGUCGGCACCCGAACGGAGCCGGGUUUUUAGGAUCCAGAGCCAAAAAAGGAAACCCCGCGUCGUCCUAUUCGUCUUGUGCGUUGUCUCGCAGCUGGGCCCAGCAGCUGCUCUGUCCCUUGCCACUAUGUGGUUGGUUUAAUGUCACGUUUGCUUAAUAAAAGCGAACCGGAGAACGAGUCCCUUUUGUCCGUGAAGGAAACUGAAUCCUUUGAAGUUGGGGGACUUUGGACACCCUUUUCUCCCCCCACUUUCCAGCCUGGCUUUCCCCAUCUUUGCCUUCAAAGGGGGCAAAUACAGAAAUGUGGGUGCGGAUCUCUCACUCACCCCCCAAACGUUGCCGCAAGGAGAUAUUCUUCCCCAGGAAAAAAUGUCAUUAUUAUUAUUGUUAUUUUUUAAAGCAACUGUUCUCUCUGGGGGUUUGUAAGAUAUAAUAAGACUAUUUAAUCCUUAUUUAUUAACCUGCUGCUACGGUGGUGUGAUGUAUCUUAACUUUCUAGCACAUGAAGGUUGCAGAGCAGCUUUAUUUCGGGGAUCGGGGGGCGGGAUUGGGUGUGACGGUGGGCCUUUGGGAUUGGUUUCCUUGCCUUUUCUAGCGAUUCCUCUGGUUUUGUACAAGGGUAUUUUGGUGGAGAAUCAGAAAAUACUAUAAUUAUACAGGUAUGGGCCAACUUGGGCUCUUUCUCCAGAUUACCUUGCCCACUGUGCAUUGCUCUGGUUGAACCUCAGUCUCCUUUUGAGAGAAGACUGAGGCAAAGAAAGUGUUGAGUAGCUCUGUCUUUUCUCACCACUUUCUAAGGUGAACUUUGUUUCUCAUUCCAUGUGUUUUGGACUGCAACUCCCACCAUUCCUAACCGCCUCAGGCCCUUUCCUUUUCCCCCGCUUAAGCGGCCGAGGGGGAAAAGGAAGGGGCCCGAGGCUGUUAGGAAUGGUGGGAGUUGCAGUCCAAAACACCUGGAGGAAGAGCCCAAGUUGGCCCAAACCUGCCUUAGAAAGUGGUGAGAAAAGGCAGAGCUACUCAACACUUUCUUUGCCUCAGUCUUCUCCCAAAAGGAGACUGAGGAUCAAGUUCGCUCAUACCUGUAUGACAGCAGAGGGAAACAGUGACACAAGUGUGUGUGUGUGCCUCAAGUGGAGGGUGUUUUCCAUGAAAAACAUUGGUCACAUACCCUUGAAAGGGGAGAAAAUGUGUACCGGCGCAAACUAGACCUCCCAGAGCCUUGUGACCAGUACUGGCUGGGAGAUUUGGGAAGUUACAGUUCAGAAACUGUAACUUCCUGAAGUCUUACUCAUCGAGGUUAUGAUGGAGAGACAAUUGUCCAGAUUUGUGCCUCCUGACUCAACGUGGCCCAGACUUAAUACUUCCCAGAGUCGCUGGUUGGUGGAUUUGGGGAGUUGUAGUUCCGAAAAGUAGCUUCCACAUAUUUAGCCAUAGCCAUCAUCGCCAGCCCCUUGAGGUUAUAAUCGACGAAAGAGAGGACAUAGAUGUGCCUCCUGACUCAUUGUAUCCCAAACUAGACCUCCCGGAGCCACUCGGGGAGUUGUAGUUCGAAAGGUAAGUCUCCCAAGCCGUGGUCCAGACAUUUAGAAACCUCCCAUCAUCCUUAGGUUCUGGGGUCCUAUUAUGGGAUGGGUCCAACCUCAUUGCUGCUCUGCCAAAUUAGAAACGUAGGCAGCCAUCGUCCAGGCCUAAAUAGGAGGGAGGGUUGUUUUAUUAUUAAUUAUUCAAUCUUUAUAUGUUCAGGACACGUAUUUUUUUUUAAUUUAUUUAUACUGUGCCAGAAGGGAGCUUGGAGAAAGUGACGUUGCAGUGCCUGGAAAUGGGAAAAAAAUGUAUAUUGCGGGUGUGUUUUUUUCUUCUCCCCGUCUAGACAGGUAGGAACGAGUGGUAGGUUUAUUUCCUGGCGGUAUAGUAUAAAUACAUAUAUAUAUAUAAUAUAAGAAGCAGUAUUGUCUAAUAAUCCUCGGGGAAAGUCUCCUUUAUUCCAUUAUCCCUCUUUCAAGGCUGUCGUCCAUGUUUCUCUCUUAUUUUUCCCUCCGUUUCGUCCAUUAAAGUAUCCCUUUGCUCUUGA